GGCAAGCAACUGUUUGGAAACAAGAGAGAAUUUAUUACUUACGGGAAGAUAAAACACGGAGGAUUGAAUUGAACAACUAAAACUGAUGCAUUAACAGGCCAUUCAUCGAGCGUUGCAAAAUAUAUGCAUAUAUUUUGUUUACAGUCAACAUAAGCUUAAAGACAUCGGGAAAUAUAUAUAGCUUUCUAGCUGUUAGUUAUUAAAACAGUCACCAUGCCAUGGUGUAGACUCGUUUUAGUAUUAAUAGUGCUGAGCCUGAGAAACAGUGAAAGCUUUCCAAAUAACAAGUUUGAGGACACCGGUGAAGAUGCUGAGCCAGUUGAAUCAGACAUGGUAGAAGAUGAAAUAGACAGCAAAAAUGAGACUCUAUGCGAUCAGUGUUCACCAGAUCUGUGUCCAGCGGCACUGGGUUGCAGAGCGGGGAUAGUUUUGGAUAGCUGUGGUUGCUGCUCCGAGUGCGGGAAUUUGGAAGGACAGCCGUGUGACCUGGACUCCCGUAACAGUUUUUACGGUCUCUGUGGAUCGGAUCUCCAGUGCAAAAUCGACAUCUCAGACCUUGGACUGGGAGAGAUACCAGAGCCGCAGUGUAUUUGCAAAUUCCAAGAGGCAGUGUGUGGUUCGGACGGCAGAACGUACAUGAAUAUUUGUCAGUUUAAAGAAGCGGCUUAUUCUACAUUAGGACUAAGUGUUGAGGAAAACGGCCCAUGCCGAACAGCUCCUCUCAUUAAGGUCCCACCACAUAACCUUGUAAACGUGACUGGGAGCACCAUGUCGUUCCUGUGCGAGGUCUUCGCAUAUCCAAUGGCGUUAAUUGAAUGGAAGAAGGAUGGCAAUGACGUUACCCUUCCGGGAGACGACCCUCAUAUUUCUGUGCAGACACGGGGGGGUCCCCAGAAGUACGAGCUGUCCAGCUGGCUCCAGAUCGAGGGCCUCGCACCAGGGGAUGCGGGAACUUACCGCUGUGUGGCCCACAAUGCACUGGGCAGUGUCUCUGCAUCGGGUGUGCUGGGAGUACUGGGGCCUGAUGAGAUGUCUGCCUAUUUAUCAGAAAAUAUGACAGAAAUGUUUGGGUAUGACCAGACAAGAGAGUACGAUGAAGACUACUAUUAAUCAGUUUGUCCUCAGAUGCUUACCCCAAACAAGUGCAGUGUUUGUUGAAGGCAGUGUCCUGCUAAAUGAACACUGCUUUGGUUUGAACAGAAAGCCACAUUCCUUCUGUGAGCUGUAUUGUUUCAUUGAACUGAGCCACUCAACCACUAGUGAGCCACUAACUCCUGUACUAUCCCAUUCAUCAUAUUCACUCUGUUGUUCAAAUUACUGUCCGACCAAAGGGGAAUGGGAGCAGUGAAUACCCUUCUGUUUCAAAGUGAUCAUAUAAAAAAAAUCCCUUGUGACUAUACACAUAUUACUGCUUUUGAACUUCAAACUCAAAGGACAUUCCAUAAUGCAAGAAUAGUGUCUUGUAUAAGGAACCAUCCCUGACUGCAGAACUACCGUCCUUGAGACCAUUUGACAUUCCACUCAGGUUCUCCGUGGCUUACAUCUGGAAUAUGCAGGAUUGCCAACUGUAUUGUAUUUGAAAUGUCUGACUGAAUUCAUUUCCUCGCAUUGUAAUGCAUUAGGUUAGGUUUGCAUUCCAAUAUGCUGGAUCUAUUUUAUGCAUGGACAGAUGUGUUAGCAAGCCAAGCUCAGAUAAGCACAGCAGCCCCACAGAUGGUUUUAAUGUUUGGGAAAGCCAUAUGACACAGUUAUAGUCAGAGUCUCCUGUUGAGGAAAGCUGCUCAUCAUAUGCGCAGGUGACAGGCCAGGACAGGCCUUCCUAAAUCACUGACCCCUGGCUCUUCCUAACUCCCUUAAUGAAAUCGUGUUUCCCAUCCUGCUCCUCUCAAAAUGCCCUGCCACCCGGAAUCAAUGAUAUCCUUUGUGUUCCUCUGCCAACAUGGUGUUCCUGUGGUGGCAUUUUUAUGAGAAGAUUAGGAGCUAUAUCUCGUGAAAAAUAACAAAAACAACCCCCCAACCAAUCAGCCAGGUUAUCCUAAUCUUAUUUUAUAAUUUUUUCUGAGUUUUUAAAAAAAACAAAUCUGUAUUACAAGCAUGUUUAGUGGUUUCCUUUCAUGUAAUACUUGUAAACAGGUGCAUAAUCUCAAUUGUAAAUACUGAUAAAGCCAGUAAUGUAAGUAUCAGUGUCAGAUAAUGUAAGAUUUGCGGCUCUUCGCUGGUAAUGUUUGCAGUUAGUGCCAGAGAAUAUAUGAACAAAAACCCUCUAGUUAUUACAGAAUAUUUAAUCACAGAGAGCUGCUAAAAAAAUACAUUUCUUAUUGAAAAAUGUUUAUUCUCUGUUGUUAUUUGCUUUCGGUUCUAAAAUCUUUUCUCAUGGAAGAAAAUAGUAAAGUAUGACAAUGCGCUAAGUAAUGUGAUUCUAUUCGACAACAGU